CUAGAGAACACACAUUUCCUGUUAAUUCCUUUGUCUCGUACCUCAGUGCAUAAGGAUCAGGGAAAGGCACUAAUUUAUUUCAAGUGCCUGAAUCAGUAGGAUUUUGUUUUUCCCUCUAAUUGAAUGAAAAUCAAGCUCUGUAGUAAAAUAUUUUAAAAACAUUUAAUCCCAUUUCCUGAUGGGAAAAGAUGCAAGUGCUGUUUGGCACACCCACAGCCAAGCUGAAACUGUGCAUGAAUCAAAUUAGCAAUUUGACUUACAUUUUACUGGCUUCUCCUUUCAUUUGCCCGUCUCUGCUUGCUUUUUUGUUUUUUUAAGCAAAACCGCAAAGCUCAUUAGCACUGUUUUUGGCAUGUCAUGAGUCAUUAAAUUUGGAAGUAAUUUGUAGCAUUCAAAGACUGCUGUCCACAAACUAUUUACCCCAGAAAAUAUUGUAGAUUAAAUUAGAUUUUUUUUAGUCUAAAACAAGUUGUUUGAAGAUUGCAGCUGAAAUGCAAUCCACUAUAUAUUGUCAACCUGUUUUUGAUGUUACCUAUACUGAUUAGUUUACAAAUUGCACACGAUUACUGUGGGUACUGAAGAGUUUACUUUUGGUUUUUGUGCUUUAUAAAGAAAAAUGAAGGCAUUUUAUAUAUUUUUAUGCUGAAAAAUGUUGCAGCUUUCUUUGCGGAUGUCAGCAUAUCUUGAUCUCUGCAUUGCCAGCACCCAGGAUACUUUCUCCAUUUGAAUUACUUCCCACUGCCAUAACUUUGGGGCUGCCAACUUUAUUUUGAGAGCUCUAUUAAUUGUUUGAGAAAUGGGUGGGAAAAUUCCUUGCACCUGGAAAGCUCAGAGGGAUAAAGCUCAAGACAUCCUUUCCCUUGUGGUUCUUCACCUGUGAGUUUGUCCUGGAAUAGCAAUAAAAAUUCCGUGGACCAUGUUUUAUGUGAGACCAUUAGGCAACAUGAGAAUUUGGGCUUAGCUGCCCUUCAUUCACUGGGACACUGAAAGGUGCCAUUUACAAGCUCAAAGCGCCUGCAGAAAAGCAAAACAGGCUUGUAAACUUAAAUUCUACACCCUGCAAGGUUCCCAGCUUAUAAUGGAGGUUACAGGCCUAGAUUAUCAACACCGAAAAUGUGGUUUAUGGGUUUAAAGGAAAAUUGGAGGAAACUGGGAAACAUCUGCCUACAGAAAUUGGACAGAACAGUCUUUUAUUCCAAUGUCGUUGCUUACUAUCUUGCAUGAAGAAGGUAAAUAUAGAAAUCCAGAUAUGUGAUUCUUCCCAAUAUUGAAUUCUCAGUUUGUUGCAAUAAUCUUAAAUACUUCACUGACUUUUUAGUACACUUAAAUUUCUUCCAGUGCAUCCCUAAACAUGGCUAAUAAACACCACUGAGUUUAAUGGGACUUUCCCCCAGGUAAAUAUGUAUACAACUGCAACCUGUGUUUGCAGAUCUGAAGAUGAAGAUUUUAUCAAUAUUUUUAGAGCAUUUUCCAAUUUACAAAACAAUUUAUCCUUAUCUAAUUUAACCUCUCAAAAAGGCAGGGUAGGGUGAGCAAUAGUAACCUGCCUUUAGUGAUGGAUUUGUGACCCAGCAGGAAUCUGAACCUGGGACCAGCACUGUAGGUGUAGUCCAUCUGGCGGUGAUUGUUUCUGAACCCCUGAUGUCUACAAGCAGCAGUGGAAUUAUUUGUAUGAGUUAAAUUACCUGAGCCAUAUCAUUCUUCCAAAUUCCAAUGUCCCAUUGCUUGCUUGUUCCCAUGUGCUGUGUAAAACUUUGUUGAGGAUAUUGGGAUUCACUGUGGAUCCUGUGGGUAGGACUAGGCCUGCACAGCUUGCAUCCUAUUGCAUGAAUAGAAUAUUGUAAGGAAACUAUCUAAGGAAGAUUAACAUGGAGAAAUGGAUAAUGUGCAUAGACUGGGGUUGUUUUACAUGGCCCAGGGGAUCCAUUUAUAACCUUGAGACUCCCAGGUUUGUGUUAAGCAAGUAUAUAAUUUUAGCUUCCCCUGGCAGUAGAAAUAAGCUUAACAAUAUGAUGGCAAUGCACACUAAAGAAGAAGGAUAAUCAUUUAAGCCUGCAAUCCUGCACCAACCCUGUUGAACUCAGGGGAGUAGAUCUGUAUAGGAUUGCACUGUAGGAAAAACAGAUCCUCAGAUAUUGCUCUCCAAAUAAUCCUCUUGUCUCUUAAAAUGGGCAUGUUGAUUUCUUGUGAUCCCAGACAAAGAAUCUAACAAAAUACAUAGAGCAUGUUCUUUGACAUUUGUAGCACGUAUCCAGAUAAUAUGCAGAUUACAGAAACAACCUGGAAUUGAAACACAAAUUUGAUUCAGCUCUCUGGUUUUUAAUGUUUCUGAACCCAUUCUUUGUGGUGAAAAAAUUGUAUAUUUUUAGGUAAGGGAACCUAUGAAAAUUUCCUUCUACCUUCAUUCAAUGACUGAAUUUUUAACCAGAUGGGAACAAAUGCUUGUUGGUAACGCUAUGGUCAGGACCCAAUUAUGGAAGUUCUGGAAUAACCUUAGGGUUUUUGUGGGGGCUUUUUGGCCUGCUCUCCUACAAAGUCAGUUCUACCUGAAACCCAUCUUUUUCCCACUCCAACCUGCAAAUACUUCUGUGAGCUUGUGUUUUUUUCUGCAUUGGCUGAAUGGUCCAGACAGUUUAAGCCUUCAUCUCUUUUGUGUAGCAAUGUGGCAAUAUAUGCAUGAAUGGUACACUGUUAUAGGCCUUUUUCUGUUGUGACCUAUUCUUUUUCACACUUCAGUUUGCAAAUCAUCAGCCAAACCUGCACAAACAGUGGCCCAGAGUAUGGGUUAGUUAAUACUGGAUUGUCGUUACCUCUGAACCCGAAACUAAGAGUUGUCAACCACAAACCCAGAAUGAGCUAGAGAAUGUCUAGCUUUUUGUGGGGAUGUUAACUGGAUUGUUUGAACUAUGUGUUAUUGUUACAUACAAAUCCAAACCAUGAGUUUACUUCGAUUAUUCACCAGGCUACAGCGGUGGUAGACAAGAAUGAUUAAAACAAAACAAAAUAAAACAGAACUUCUCUGCUUGCCAGGAUUGCUGCUCCCCAUUUGGGAUACAGGGAGGUAAUAGGCAAAGGAGGAGGGAAUCAACUCAGGAACUAGAAAAACAACCUGUGCUUUGCACAAUUGUCUGGCAGACAAAUUAUGGACGAACUUUGGGUUGUUGUUACAUGCAAACCAAAUCAAAUGCUGGAAGGAGAAUCACCUUCACACAUUCUGUUUCUGUUUCACAGUGUAGGUGCCAUUUCAGAGGCUUGGUCUGUAGGUACUUGUACUGGCUGAGCUCAAGUAGACAGCAAGUGAAGAGAAGGUUGUGGUUGUUUUAUCAUUGAUACUAUUGUUUUAACAGGUUAUUGUUUUAUUACAUUGCUACUGUAAGUUGCCUUGAAGUAUAUUGAUACUAUAAGUUUCAAGAGGACAGGUUAAAAAUUCCAUAAAAAAUCAAACCUGUACAGUUCGUUUCCAGUCUGAAAUUGCAAGUACGUAAAGUUAAAUUUUAUCCAUUUCUUGAUUUUCUCAAACCAGUGUAAAGGCUAUUUAGGGUCAAGGUUGGUCCAAUUUCUAGGAAGCUGGGACCCAUGCUCAGCAAUGUUGUUGUAAUAACUUAUGCUUAGAACUUAUUCUCCAUGUAGUCUUAUAACUGAAUUUGGCUGUUUUUUGGGAAGGAAAUUUAUCGUUACAAGUAUUGGCAAUCCCACCUUCUCCCAGAUUAAUUUGAAACUUUUUCUUGUAUAUUUGCCUUUCUAAUAAAUAGGCUUAUAAUUUAUAAAUACUUAACUAACAGUAAUAAUGAUUUCAUUUCAAGGAGUACAUGCAGUUCUUUUUAUUUUAGGUAUACACACUCAACUCACAAAUACAGAUAACUGUGUUGCUAAUUAGAACAAACCAAAAGUGUAAUAGUAGUAUAGUACUUUUAUUAGGAAAAAUGCAAAGGCACAAACUAAGGGAACAGCUUUUACAUUAUCUAGAUAAUUUCUUUGUGCUGUAUUAUAGAUAAGGUUUUACUGAAACACACAUACCCUUCCUUAAGUUUAUAAUGUAGGAUAUGUGUUGCAAAUGAAUACGACAGUCUUGUUCUGACUUAGUAGAUAGCAAAUGCCAUCAAUUAAAAGAUAACUAAUGUUUGAGUAAGAAAAUAUGAGGUGGCACUAGGAAUGUGUCAGAUCAGUCAGUAGAACACCUGAGUAACUUGUGAAGGAUUAUAGUUUAUAGCAGGUGUAACUGCAACCUCCUUUCUGUGAAGUUCUUCACUUUUAAAGAAGACUGAAUCUACUAACUUUUUGUAGACUGAGAUCACAAGUUGUUUAUUGAAGAACAAUCAAAUAGAAAUAAAUAGGAAAGUGAAAUAAAAAUACAAGAACAAUCCGGGGGAAGCCUCUAGCUCCAGCCAAAAUAGUGAACUUUAAAAAUUAUCCCCAUCAUUUUGCAUUAUUCCCUCUCUUUUUCUACAGGCAUAGGAUACACUUCUGAGUAAGACUGACACCAAGAUGUUAGUACCCUUUUCCAUUUGCCACCCUUCUUGCUAUGUGAACAACUGUUUUUCUAUCUCUCAGAAGAUGUUUUGAUUCAGCCAGUGCAUUGUAAGCUUGUUAUAGAAACUUGGUGUGGCAAUACAAACAUGGACCCUAAAAGAGGCUCAGCAAGCAAGGUUGUAUCCUUCCUACUCUACUCUCUGAAACACUGUCAAGGUGUAUUGGGUAGGGACUAAAAGCAAAGUCUACAUAGCCUCCCAUUCUACUUGUUGGUGUUCCAGGGCAAUAGUGAUCAAAUAACCCUGAAGCAUUUCCAGAUUAUAGACAUAUAGUCCAUGAAGGAUGCCUGGACCACAGUUCUUUUUUGCCUGAGAAGCAAUGAUAGGAACUUCUGAGGAGGAGGAGAUUUGAGGUGGGAAAGAAACUUGGGAGACCAUACGGGGAGUUAAUACAAUGCACAACUAGAGAAGGCAGUGUAGGAGAUGAUGCUUGCCUAAUACUCAAUUAGAACAUUCAUCUGGGAGUGGUUUGAAAGUUGGCACUGUUUUAGACCUCAUUCCAUCAGCUGUAGGCAAUGUAUGACCCUCCAAAUGCUUUGACCUUCAUUUUACAUCAGCUCUACCCAGCCUAUGUUGAAGGACCAUAGGAAUUGUAGGCUAAAACAUCUGGAGCGCAAGAAGUUGCCCAUUUUUAACAUAGAACAUGGAUGCCUUAUUAGCUCUGCUGGUGCCAUUUAUAAGCAAUAGGAUUUGGAAGCCUUUUUGCUAGUCAUACUUGUCCAUCUAUCUUAGUCUUUUCACCUUCACAAAAGGUGUCUCUUUAAUAACAAUUUCUAUUAAAUGCCUUGGUUUGUAUCAUACUAUAACAGUCCAUCAUUGUGAUGGAUCUCAAGGAUGCUACACAGUCUUAGUUUCCCAUGAUCUACAGUAUAUUAUGUAUUAAUUAUCCUUUUUACAAAAAGGUUUUCCCUUAUAGAUAUAAUACUUUGAUGUGAUAGAACUAUUUAAAUACUGUCAAUACUUGUAAACUGUCUCAAGAUGCCAGUAGAUGGAUGGUCUAUAAAAGCUUUAAAUACAUACAUACAUUUUGAACAUAAAUAGUAAGUCCUGGCAGUUUUGAAUACAAAUAUUAAGUUCAAGUUUGUUCUGUUGAUAUUUAAAAUAAUUUGAGAGUAAGUGCAAAACCUUGACUGCAGCUUAAGAACAGACUCAGACUCCAGUGUUCUUUUGAGCUGUUGACAGAUGUGGAAAAAUGUAGUCUCAGUUCCCAAACACAAUUCUCUUCCCUUUUUAAUGCAAACUAUGAAGGAUAACUUCUUGUAUACUGCAAUAUGUCCAGAAACACCACUGAGCCACUGAUGUACCGUCAUCUUUAAAGAAAAAUUGAGUGUGGAUUUGAAGUCGACAAGUGAUGAAAGUAGCCCUGAGGUUGUCAAUUAGGAAGCAAGGGCCUGGAAUUGGAGGCAUUCUCUUCUGCCUUUCAUGGUUUCUAAGAAUCAACAGCACUCAACACAUUCUCAAAGCUACAUACCCCGGAGGGCUGUACUCUAUGUACCUGCAGAUGAUGAACGAAAGAUACAAAAGAUUCCAUCUCUCCAUGUGGAUUGUGCAGUGCUGGAUUGUGAGGAUGGUGUUGCUUUGACUAGGAAGGCAGAAGCAAGAAUUAAAACUGUGAAAGCACUUGAAGAAUUUGACUUUGGUCAGGCAGAGAAAUGUGUUCGGAUCAAUUCUGUAUCCAGUGGUCUUGCUGAAGAAGAUAUGAAGGUCAUUUUGAACUCCAACAUUCUUCCUACAAGCUUAAUGCUACCCAAAGUUGAAAGUGUUGAAGAAAUAAGAUGGUUUGCAGAGAAAUUUGCAUGCCACUUAAAAGGCAGAACACUUGUAGAACCUAUGCGUUUCAUCCCUUUUGUGGAAACAGCAAUGGGGUUGCUCAAUUUUAAGGCAGUUUGUGAAGAAACUCAGAUGUUGGGACCCAAAGUUGGCCUUCAUCUGGAUGCAGUAGUCUUUGGAGGUGAAGAUUUCCGUGCCAGCAUAGGUUCAACGAGUAGCAAGGACACCCACGAUAUUCUUUAUGUCAGGCAAAAAAUUAUUGUCACAGCAAAAGCUUUUGGCUUACAGGCCAUAGACCUUGUAUAUAUUGACUUUCAAGAUGAAGAGGGUCUCUGCAAGCAGUCGAGAGAGGGUGCCUUAAUGGGCUUCACUGGUAAGCAGGUGAUUCACCCUAAUCAAGUUGCUGUUGUCCAGGAACAGUUUUCACCCAGCUCUGAAAAAAUAAAAUGGGCACAAGAACUGAUUGAAGCUUUUGAACAGCAUCAACGCAUAGGAAAGGGUGCCUUCACUUUCCGUGGCAGCAUGAUAGACAUGCCAUUACUGAAGCAGGCCCGGAACAUUGUUACACUUGCCACAGCCAUCAAGAAAAAAUGAUCUGCUAAAUGAACUUUCCCACGGGGGAAAAGCUGUUUAAAGAAGGAUCAUUUAAUACUCAAGAAAGAAAAAUCUAACAGUUCACACUUCAACAGAACUCUGUUUACAAGUCCUACCACUUGUCAUAUAUUUGUCUUACUGUGAACCAUAGUGGCAAGUUUGAUACCCCUUUCCUUACUGUUAUGACAGAACUAAAAACAAAAUCAACUCAUUUGGGAAAUGGGCCCAUUAAAAUCAAUCAACAACAUGGA